UGCCUAGCCUGAGACUUUCACCGAGGAAACUGAUUUCUGCAUUAGAUGUACAUUGCUUCUGAUCAGGUGUCACGGAUCUGAGGAACUUGGGAUAAGGAGGAAGAAAAUUUUUCCUAGUUAGAGGUGCCACCAACUUGGAUUUAAAUAUAAGUCGUGUAACUUUAUGGCUGAAACAAGUUUGUUGCUUUGCUAAUUUUUUUGCUGAGACAUAAAUAAACCAUCUUUUGACUGAGAACGAUAACAUUUUUAGAAGGUGAAAGCAGUCUAUCACAGCACCGCAGUGGUAGUUACAAACCUUAGGUGAUCGCAAAGCAGUACGGGCCCUUGUCAUUUUAAGGAAACUGGUGACGUUGCAAUUGAUUUAGGGUGGACAACACUUUCACAGCUGCUGUUUCAUACAGGUAUGCAUGCGCCUCGUACAAGUGUUGAGGGUGCAGUGUGAGGGCUGCUCAGUGGCACUGUGUUUCAGGACCACCCACCAUGUCGGCAGUUCCGGAGGUUCAGAACACCACAACCGAGGCCCUGGCCGCCCUGCUAGACGGGGGUGACGGCGCCCUGGUGACGCUGGUGGCGGGCGAGACGAGGGUGGCGGCUCACAGGGCCGUGUUGGCGGCCGCGAGCCCCGUGUUCGCAGCGAUGUUCGCGCACGACAUGCUGGAGGCCAGCUGCGGCCAGGUGAGCAUCGACGACGUGGAGGGCCCGGUGCUGAAGCUCCUGGUCGCCUACACGUAUACCCUGCAGGCCCCCCAGCUGCCCGACACGGCCGCCCAGCUGCUCUCGGCGGCCGACAAAUACGGCUUGUCGGCCCUGAAGGCUGCCUGCGAGCGGCAGCUGAUCUCGCAGUUGGCCGUCGAGACCGCAGCGGCGACGGCCGUCACGGCAGUGAGGCACUCGUGCCCGGACGCCACCAGGGCUGCCGUCGCCUUCAUAAAGGACCACCCGCAGGUGAUGGCCACGAGGGGCUGGGCGGACGCUGUGCUCGAGUACCCACAAGAAGUCAUUGAAGUCUGCAGUAUGCUCGGUGAGCCACCGGCAGAAGCCAGCUCGCCGACCGCCACAGGGGGCGGGUCCACCCCCAACUCUGACAGUCAACCCCACAGCGGCCACAGCCGGUCUCCUGCUGCAGCUGCGCCUCCCACGUCUGCCCGACACACCCCUCCACCUGAUGACGCAGCCCUCUCUCGCUUCCGGUGA